AUGAGCGCGAAAACUGAAUCUACCAGUUCUGAGAGAAGCCUCCAGGGAGGCUACAAGCUCUUCAAGACUCCCGUUAUCGAGACAGAAGACCUCGAACACAGCAAGUUGAAAAGUAGAGACACAGCAGGCAAAGAAGGAGAGAUACAGCAGGCAAAGAAGGAGAGACACAGCAGGCAAAGAAGGAGAGACACAGCAGGCAAAGAAGGAGAGACACAGCAGGCAAAGAAGGAGAGAUACAGCAGGCAAAGGAGAGAUACAGCAGGCAAAGAAGGAGAGACACAGCAGGCAAAGAAGGAGAGACACAGCAGGCAAAGAAGGAGAGAUACAGCAGGCAAAGGAGAGAUACAGCAGGCAAAGAAGGAGAAACACAGCAGGCAAAGAAGGAGAGAUACAGCAGGCAAAGAAGGAGAGACACAGCAGGCAAAGAAGGAGAGACACAGCAGGCAAAGAAGGAGAGAGACAGCAGGCAAAGAAGGAGAGACACAGCAGGCAAAGAAGGAGAGACACAGCAGGCAAAGAAGGAGAGACACAGCAGGCAAAGAAGGAGAGAUACAGCAGGCAAAGAAGGAGAGAUACAGCAGGCAAAGAAGGAGAGACACAGCAGGCAAAAAAGUAGAGACACAGCAGGCAAAGAAGGAGAGACACAGCAGGCAAAGAAGGAGAGACACAGCAGGCAAAGAAGGAGAGACACAGCAGGCAAAGAAGGAGAGACACAGCAGGCAAAGAAGGAGAGAUACAGCAGGCAAAGAAGGAGAGACACAGCAGGCAAAGAAGGAGAGACACAGCAGGCAAAGAAGGAGAGACACAGCAGGCAAAGAAGGAGAGACACAGCAGGCAAAGAAAGAGAGACACAGCAGGCAAAGGAGGAGAGACACAGCAGGCAAAGAAGGAGAGACACAGCAGGCAAAGAAGGAGAGACACAGCAGGCAAAGAAGGAGAGACACAGCAGGCAAAGAAGGAGAGACACAGCAGAAUAUUUGUAAGGACAAGAGUGCCAAGGACAAGAGUGCCGAGGACAAGAGUGCCAAGGACAAGAGUGCCGAGGACAAGAGUGCCGAGGACAAGAGUGCCGAGGACAAGAGUGCCGAGGACAAGAGUGCCGAGGACAAGAGUGCCGAGGACAAGAGUGCCGAGGACAAGAGUGCCGAGGACAAGAGUGCCGAGGACAAGAGUGCCAAGGACAAGAGUGCCAAGGACAAGAGUGCCAAGGACAAGAGUGCCGAGAACAAGAGUGUCAAGGACAAAAGUGCCAAGGACAAGACUGUCAAAGACAAGAGUGCCGAGGACAAGAGUGCCGAGGACAAGAGUGCCAAGGACAAGAGUGCCGAGGACAAGAGUGCCGAGGACAAGAGUGACAAGGACAAGAGUGCCGAGGACAAGAGUGCCAAGGACAAGAGUGCCAAGGACAAGAGUGUCGAGGAGAAGAGUGCCAAGGACAAGAGUGUCAAGGACAAGAGUGCCAAGGACAAGAGUGUCAAGGACAAGAGUGCCAAGGACAAGAGUGCCAAGGACAAGAGUGCCAAGAACAAGAGUGCCAAGGACAAGAGUGCCGAGGACAAGAGUGUCGAGGACAAGAGUGCCAAGGACAAGAGUGCCAAGGACAAGAGUGCCAAGGACAAGAGUGCCAAGGACAAGAGUGCCAAGGACAAGAGUGCCAAGGACAAGAGUAGUGCCGAGGACAAGAGUGCCGAGAACAAGAGUGCCGAGGACAAGAGUGCCGAGGACAAGAGUGCCGAGGACAAGAGUGCCGAGGACAAGAGUGCCAAGGACAAGAACGCCGAGGACAAGAGUGCCAAGGACAAGAGUGCCGAGGACAAGAGUGCCAAGGACAAGAGUGCCAAGGACAAGAACGCCGAGGACAAGAGUGCCAAGGACAAGAGUGCCGAGGACAAGAGUGCCGAGGACAAGAGUGCCGAGGACAAGAGUGCCAAGGACAAGAGUGCCGAGGACAAGAGUGCCGAGGACAAGAGUGCCGAGGACAAGAGUACCGAGGACAAGAGUGCCAAGGACAAGAGUGCCAAGGACAAGAGUGCCAAGGACAAGAGUGCCGAGAACAAGAGUGGUCUACUCCACCAGGCUUGUUUACCGCGACUGCUCGCAUUCUGA